GAGCGGCAGAAAAAAGCCAAGUUGCCCGAGAGCAGCGAUGGCUCCAAGGACUCGGACAGCUCUGCCGGGCGCCGGGGCAGCGCCAGCCGGAAGCACGGGCGCUGGCGGGGACGGCCGGCCGUGCCAGACUCCUCCAGUCAGAGGAACCUGACGGAGCUGCGUGGGGAGGCCCAGCUGGCCAUCUUCCAGCAGGGCGACACGGGCAGCGUGGAGGGGGCUCCCCAGCCCACUGAGAACAGCUUCACCCCCAAGUGCGAAAUCACGGGCAAAGAUGCCCUCUCGGCGCUGGCCCGGGCCAGCAGCAAGCAGUGCCAACAGGAGAUCGCCAACGUGGUGUGCCUGCACCGGGCCGGCAGCCUCAUGCCCCAGUCUGUGCCUCGCCACUGCCAGCUCUCAGGCAAGGUCAGCCCUGUCAUCCAGUGGGACGAGAGCCGGCUGCAGCAGGUGCCCCCCAGCCAGCCCGUGCGCAUCGCCUACAUGCUGGUUGUGCACGGCAGGGCCAUUCGCCAGCUGAAGCGGCUCAUCAAGGCCGUGUACCACCAGCAGCACUUCUUCUACAUCCACGUCGACAAGCGCUCUAACUACCUCCAUCGCGAGGCGGUGGAGCUGGCCCGGCACUACCCCAACAUCCGUGUGACGCCCUGGCGCAUGGUGACCAUCUGGGGAGGUGCCAGCCUGCUGAAGAUGUACCUGCGGAGCAUGAAGGACCUGCUGGAGCUGGCCGAGUGGCCCUGGGACUUCUUCAUCAACCUGAGCGCCACUGACUACCCCACCAGGACCAACGAGGAGCUGGUGAUGUUCCUAUCCAAGUACCGAGAUAAGAACUUCCUGAAGUCCCAUGGCCGAGACAACGCCAGGUUUAUCAAGAAGCAGGGCCUGGACCGCCUGUUCCACGAGUGCGACUCCCACAUGUGGCGGCUGGGCGAGCGCCACAUCCCCGAGGGCAUCGUGGUGGACGGCGGCUCCGACUGGUUCUCGCUGACGCGCAGCUUCGUGGAGUACGUGGUCUAUGCCGACGACCAACUGGUGUCCCAGUUGCGCCAGUUCUACACCUACACGCUCCUGCCAGCCGAGUCCUUCUUCCACACGGUGCUGGAGAACAGUCACGCCUGCGAGACGCUGGUCGAUAACAACCUCCGAGUGACCAACUGGAACCGGAAGCUGGGCUGUAAGUGCCAAUAUAAACACAUAGUCGACUGGUGUGGGUGCUCCCCAAAUGACUUCAAACCCCAGGACUUCCUCCGGCUACAGCAACUCUCCAGACCCACCUUCUUUGCCCGCAAGUUUGAGUCGACGGUGAAUCAGGAGGUGCUGGAGAUCCUGGACACGCACCUCUACGGCAGCUAUCCCCCCAGCACGCCGGCCCUGAAGGCGUACUGGGAGAACGUCUACGACCGUGUCGACGGGCUCAGCGGCCUCAGUGAUGUCACCCUCACCUUCUACACGGCCUUCUCCAGGCUGGGGCUCCGCAAAGCCGCGGCCACACCGGCAGCAAAGGCCAGCCAGCUCUGCAGAUUUGAACCACGGGGCUUCCCAUCCAGCGUUCACUUAUAUUUCUAUGACGACCGUUUCCAGGGUUACCUGGUGAUGCAGGAAGUGCAGAAUUUGGCAACUGGGCAGGCAGAGUCCCUGGAGGUGUGGAUGAUGCCCCAAGGAGCUCUGAAGCUGGCGGGUCAUGGAGGGCAGGCAAACCGCUUACAAAACCUUGAGGUGGGCACAGAGUGGGACCCCAAGGAAAGACUCUUCCGCAAUUUUGGAGGCUUGAUGGGGCCUUUUGACGAGCCGGUGGCCAUGCAGAAGUGGUCGCGGGGCCCCAACCUGACAGCCACGGUGGUGUGGAUCGACCCCACCUACGUCAUUGCUGCCUCCUACGACAUCUCGGUGGACGCUGAGGCAGAGUUCACCCAGUACAAGCCCCCCCUCAAUCGGCCCCUGCGCCCCGGCGUCUGGACCAUCCGCCUCCUCCAGUUCUGGGAGCCCCUGGGGGAGAACCAGUUCCUGGUGGUGCCCCAGACCUUCAACCGCAAGCAGCCUCUCAGGAAAGACGACAGCACCUGGCUGCACGGCGGGCCCCCGCGCAACGAGUACAUGGAGCAGAGCUUCCAGGGCCUGGGGGGGAUCCUCAACCUGCCGCGCUCCGAGGAGGCAGAGGAGGACGCGGGGCGGAAGGCGCAGCUGACGGGCCAGGAGCUG